AUCGGGAACGCGCGUAUAGGAAGGAAGGGAAGGAAAGAGCAGAGGCAGAUCAGUCGCACGCGGAGCCCAAGACGGUGGAUGAUCGGAGCUGAGAGUGUGUGUCGCCCUGGUCGUUUUUUACAGCAGCUGAAAGCAGCGUCCUGCAGUCCCCCACCAUGAUGCUCCAACUCGUCUAUCUCCUCGGGGUGCUCGUCUGCGGCAGUCAAGCUGCACUGCAGGUGUCCAUAUCCUUGAACAAAGUGGAGUUAAGUGUCGGAGAGUCCAAGUUCUUCAUCUGCACAGCUAUCGGCGAGCCGGUGAGGCUGGAGUGGUACAACCCACAGGGCGAGCGUAUCGUGCCCUCCAAGCGGAUGGCGCUGCACUCGGAGACGUCGCGGUCCAGGCUCAUCAUUUACAACGCCAUCAUCGAGGACGCCGGGAUCUACCGCUGCCAGGCAACCGACGCCAGCGGUCACACGGAGGAGGCCUCGGUGGUGCUGGAGAUCUACCAGAGGCUGACGUUUCGGGACGUUCAGUCACCGCAGGAGUUCAGGCACGGCGAGACGGCGGAGGUGGUGUGCGACGUGAUCAGCUCCCCAGUGCCCGUGGUGGUGUGGUACUACCAGGACAGGGAGAUCACCGAGGAGCACCACAGCAGGUUUCAGGUGCUGCCAAACAACAACCUGCAGAUCCAUCAGGUGACCAAAGCCGACGAGGGCGUGUACCGCUGCGAGGCCAGCGUGGAGGCCCGCGGAGAGAUAGACUUUGUUGACAUCGCUAUGGUCGUUAACGUCCCCCCGGUGUUGUCGGUGUUCCAGCCGUCCUUCAAUGCCACUGCUGACUACCAGGAAUCGGUCACCUUCACCUGCAUGACCUCCGGAUCUCCUGACCCCCUGGUCACAUGGCACAGGAAAGGGCAGCAGCUGGAGCCGUCAGAGCAGUACAUUAUCGCCAGGCUGGAAGGCGGGCGGAGCAUGUUGACCAUCCGCAACAUCCGACAGGGCGACGGGGGCAGCUACACCUGCAGGGCCACCAACAAGGCGGGCUCUCAGGAACGGGAGAUCUUCCUCAAAGUGUUCGUCCAGCCCCACAUCACCCAGCUGAAGAACGUGACCGCCGUAGAGGGCAGCGCUGCCAUGAUCUCCUGCGUGGCGGAGGGCGAGCCGCUGCCCGACAUCUCCUGGAAGAGAGCCAGCGACGGGCAGUCCUUCGUGGACGGAGACAAGAGUCAGGACGGACGCUUUGAAGUCCGCGGACGUCACGGGAAGUCAGUGUUGACCAUCAGCGGCGUGAGGCUCACGGAUCUGGGUCGGUUUGACUGCGAAGCGCUGAGCCGGAUUGGAGGCCAUGAGAAGAGCAUGUUCCUGGAUAUCGAGUAUAUACCAAAGUUCCUGACCAACCACACCAUCUUUUACUCGUGGGAGGGGAACCCGGUGAACAUCAGCUGCGACGUGAUGUCCAACCCGCCGGCCACCAUGCUGUGGAGGAGAGAGCGCUUCACCAUCUCUGCAGAGGGCACGGCCAACACCAGGGUGCACAGUGGGGCGGGCAAGUCUGUGCUGGAGGUGACUCCUAUGUCCGACAGGGACUUUGGCCGCUACAACUGCACAGCCAGGAACAACAUCGGGGUCCGAUACCAGGAGUUCAUCCUGGCCCAGGCAGAUGUCCCAUCGAAUCCCUACUCGGUGCGUCUCUCCGCUGUCUCCCAGCGCCUCGCCACCGUCACCUUCAUGAAGCCCGACUCGCACGGCGGCGUUCCCAUCAGCUACUACCUGGUCCAGUACAAGGAGGUGGGCUCGCAGGAGUGGAGGGACGUCAAGUCGCACAGCAUCCAGACGACGGUGGUGCUGACGGGGCUGGAGCCCAACACCACGUACGAGGUUCGAGUGGCAGCUGUCAACGGGAAGGGUCAGGGCGAGUUCAGCCACACGGAGAGCUUCCAGACUUUACCUAUCCGAGAGCCGAGUCCUCCAGCGGUGCACGGGCAGAGAGGUAUGGGCAAGGCCUACAGGCUGGGGCUGGUCAAGCAGGACGACGGAGGGAUGCCCAUCGUGGAGUACAUCGUCAAGUACAAGACUGAUAAAGAGGAGCAGUGGAUGACCAAGCUCGUCCCGGGAAUGAACGACUUCGCCAUGCUGCAGCCGCUGCAGUGGAACACGAGAUACGAGGUGGAAAUCACGGCGCGCAAUGUCAAGGGCCUGUCGGAGCCCACCUUCUAUCAGUUCUUCAUGCCACAGAAACCUGACAUUACAGCAGAAUCCCUGUUCAGCGGCCUGGGGCUGAGCACGGUGGUGGGCCUGGGCCUGGGGGUGCUGCUGCUGCUCCUGGUGCUGGUGGACGUCAGCUGCUUCUUCCUGCGUCACUGCGGCCUGCUGAUGUGCAUCACGCGCACAAUCUGCAGCAAAAAGACAGCCACCAGCGGCAAGGGCAAAGAGAUGGAGGAGGGCAAAGCCGCCUACCUGUACACCUUCAACAGCCGCCCAACCACCUUUUCAACCACAGAAACUACCGCUGAAGGAAGAAAAUGGAAAAGAGUCUCUCAAGCCGGAUACGAUUGAAAUCAAAGUGCACAGCGACAACAGCAUCCACACAAAGCCCGACGACAGCAAAGCGUAAAAAGGGGGGGUCGCCACCAAAAGAACAUUCGAGACCAAAACCCAGAGAAACAACAGCACUGGAAAAAAGUGGAGUAAAAUAUCUGUUUAUAACAAUGCCCCAGUGACAGGCAUGUGUACAUACAAAUAAUAGGGGAGAAAAUAGAGAGGAAGGGUCAACCUUUUCAGACACCCUGGGUGAUAAAUGUAUCAUGUUCUUAAAAAACAUGGCGAAGGCUCUCAAUGAUUGUAUUUGAUUUCUUUUGUAUCAUGUUUUUUUGUUUUGUUUACAGCCCACAUAAGACUUCACGCAGUAAAUUAUGCAUUCCUCUUUAUGACUUCUCACACAGGCAUUGCCCAUAGCUCACACCGCUAAUGCUCCUGCUUUCAGUUUGCUCACAGCGGCCGACCCCUCGCCGCGGGAUAUCACCAUUAUUUAAUCACCUGUUUCCAUGCCUGAGUGUUAGACUGCAGCCUUUUAAUAGCUGGGCAAUGUGAGGCAUUGUGUGCUGAGUUCACUAACAAAAAUGAGGGGUUUAAUUGCUUCAGGAACAUGUAACAGGAGGCAUUUGAUAUUCCCAUUGAGCAGUGAAUUCAAACAGGACCUUAUUGUGAUGAAUUUGGACUUUAUAUUUGAGGAAAAAGGGCUCUUGUGGUCCAAAAAACGACAAAUGUGUUGCCGUGUAACCCCACACGUGCCACUGUUAGCUAAGCCUUUUGUAUUGACACUGGAUUUUGUUGUGACACUCAUGUUUAGUGUGAUCAAACAGCAUUUACAGGACAGUAAAGUGUAGCUGGUAGGACUUAAGGCAUGGGAACAAACGAGAAAAGGUCUGCUACAUCGACAUGUUUUCUUUUGAAUAACAAAAUAGUUUUGGUUGUUUGGUCUGAUCCGCUAUUCUCUCUGAUGUUGUCAUGUGUUGUACAUAGGUGAAAAAAAAAAGAAUAUUUUACAGAGCUUUUAUGUAAAUAUACCCUAAAGGAUGUGUCUUUUUUCAAAAUGCAGCAGGUAUGGCUUUCUUUGUGAACGCUCCUCAGAUGAUUUCUUUUCCGUUUCUCUCUCCCUCCUCUGUUGUGCUUUUUGGUCCAAAGUUCAGUGAUGGUAUAAUAUUGCUUUUUUCUAAGUCAUUUGCUUUCCCUUAAGAAAAAUCCAUGUCCUAAGGCUAUUUCACGGUAUUUCGAUGGAGACAGUAAUUACGGCAUUAGUGUGCCUUCUCCUUUUUCUCCCCCCCCCCCCCCCCCCCCCACCCUCUCUCUCGUGGCCCAAUGCCACUGCAGCAGUGCAAACCUUCAAAUGAGUUUUUGAUCGUGCUGCUUUUUCUCCGUCACAGAAUGUGUCAGAAGAUUGAAUUUUUUUAUCGUGGUGCUGUGCAUUCUGGAAAUGUAGUCUUAGGAUUGUGGAUUGUAUUUGGACAGAAAGGGACGUGCAUAACUACCUACUUCGACUGGAUGUCAAGACUACAGCGAUGGGCUGUGUGUGUGUGUGUGUGUGUGUCCAUUUCCAUUCUGAUUUUUCACAAUAAAAGUCCCCCGGGUUUAUUUUUCUUUAAAUAAUAAGCUAAAUUGAAGAAUCAAUAUCUUGCUGUUCUGGACUUCAUGUUGUUGUAAUUUAUUCCUUUAUUUAUUUUAGUGUAUGAUGGAGUACACUCCUUGGUUUCCCUGACGCGUCGUGCAGCUCUGCAAGUCACACAAGAUGCAAUGACCACAAGUUUCAGAGUGCGCACAGAUCUGUAAAGCGAGAUUAUGUAGUUCUCGACAGUGAUUAAUUCCCCAGGCUGCAGCAAGUGUCUGCAAGCAUCCCUCCUCCUCCUGCCGCCACUGCCCCCCCUCACACUCAUUGGUUUUUAUCUCAGACCUCAUAGCAUUGUACCUGCAUAUCUCAAAAGGAUGGUCCUGCCAUGGAGCGGUUCGCUGCCUGUUACGAUGACUGUAAAUAUGGGAGCACAGUGCCUGGAGGCUAUACGAUUUGUACAUGUUCUUUUGUAUUUGAAGUCUAAAUACCAACCCCUCUCUCAUCCUCUGUCUCCUCCUCCAUGCUCCUUUUUCUGUAGGGGGUUAAAACAGGUGUGUUUGAGCUCAGUGUACAGUGUGUGUGUCCUCUUUGUCCCCAACCUUCCCCACCCUCCCCCAGUGUCCCUUGGACUGUCUCUGCUGAGUGUGCUUUGUGCAGGAGGUGGGAACUAUUGAUGUCUCUCUGUACGUACCUGUGGAACACUUGUGACU